AUGCCCCCCCAACCGAGCGGAAAAGCAGUGAAGAAGGCGGGCAAGGCACAGAAAAAUGUGCGUGCCACCGACAAGAAGAAGAAGAGGCGCAAGAGGAAGGAGAGCUUCAGCAUCUACAUCUACAAGGUGCUCAAACAGGUCCAUCCCGACACCGGAGUGUCCAGCAAGGCCAUGUCGAUCAUGAACAGCUUCGUGAACGACAUCUUCGAGCGCAUCGCAGCAGAGUCGUCUCGGCUGGCUCACUACAACAAGCGCUCGACCAUCACGAGUCGGGAGAUCCAGACAGCUGUGAGGCUCCUGCUGCCGGGUGAACUGGCAAAGCAUGCGGUGUCCGAGGGCACCAAGGCUGUCACCAAGUACACCAGUUCCAAGUAACACCCAGGAGCUAUCUCCCUGCUGUAUGUACAAACGGCCCUUUUGAGGGCCAUACUCAUCCCUGCAAAACGGCCGUCUCUCGAUGACUUCCAACUCCCGUGUCUCUCUUUUCAAGAAAUAUGUGAGUACCCAGUGCUUCUGCAUCGCGCAUGUUUGCAAAGAGUAUGUCUUUUUUCUUGUUGUGCAGUCGAACUUGGCUUCUUGUAGCCACAGUCGGAUGUCGUUUAUUUUGUUUCGGUGAAAAAAAAAAACAUUGUAUUUCAUUGCUU